CUGCGCACAGAUGCUCGACGGACUCCGGCGGAGGCAUGCCUCCAGGGCUUCCCCCAGACCCCUCUCCCUCAACUUCAGCACCUUCUCGGCCCCUCCCCCAAGUCCAGACAUGGAGGGCACCAGCGAUCACCCAAUUAGGAGGUUUGGAAGUGCCUCGGCCUUUGUGAUGGGCCUCAGGCUUCAGGUUCUGCACACGAACUGGCACUCAGUCAGGAAGCAAAAUGCCAGAGUUGCAAUAGAUGUAAUCUACAUCCCAAAAGGAAAAGAGGAUGACUUCCUCCCACUCUCUCGUCGGUACGGUCGUGAGUGCAGCAACCGCUCCGGCCCCGCCGGGCCGGGCCCCGCGGCUCCUCUGGCAUCUGUGCUCCGCAUAGAUAUUUGUUUGCGAUCAAAGGGCCGUAUUGUGCCGGCGGAGAGGCAGAGAAGGAGGGCGGCCGUGCCCCCAGCGGCGCGCGGCCUAUUGUUCCCCGCCCGCUCUGGGAUCUGGGGCCGGGCUGAGGCCUGCCUCGCCUCGGGGCUCCGCCCGUCCUGCUCUUAA